GCGGAUGACUCUCAAGCCUGGUCACAUGAUGCAGCAAAACAAAAACACAAUGAGGAAGUCUGGAUGAGAAUUUUAGCCGUAGAACGAGUAUUUCUGCCUUAGAAGACACCAAAAUGGGCAUUUUCUCCGUGUUGGUGUUUGUUUGUUGCUGCUAUUGCUCGUUCGGAUGGAGGGAAGAGGAUCAGCCCGUUCAAACCUUUGUGAUUCCUCACAGUCACAUGGAUGUAGGCUGGGUGUACACCAUCCAGGAGAGCAUGCAUGCUUAUGCAGCCAACGUGUACAGCAGCGUGACCGAAGAGCUGUCAAAGGUCAAAGAGCGCAGGUUCAUCGCCGUGGAGCAGGAGUUUUUCCGACUGUGGUGGGACACUGUGGCGUCAGAUUUACAAAAGAAGCAGGUGCAACAGCUGGUGAAUGAUGGUCGUCUCGAGUUCAUCCUCGGAGGCCAGGUGAUGCACGAUGAGGCGGUGACGGACCUGGAGGACCAGAUCCUACAAAUGACAGAGGGCCACGGCUUCCUGUACCAGACGUUCGGGGUGCGGCCUCAGUUCUCCUGGCACGUGGACCCGUUCGGAGCCUCCGCCACCACCCCCGUCCUGUUCGCCCUGGCGGGAUUCAACGCUCACCUGAUCUCACGCAUCGACUAUGACCUCAAAGACGCCAUGCAGAGAAAUAAGAAGCUACAGUUUGUGUGGCGAGGUUCUCCCUCUUUGGCUGCCCAGCAAGAAAUCUUUACUCACACCAUGGAUCAGUUCAGCUACUGCACUCCGUCUCACCUGCCGUUCUCCAACAGCUCUGGUUUCUAUUGGAAUGGAGUUGCUUUGUUUCCGAACCCCCCCAAAGAUGGAGUCUACCCCAACAUGAGCGUCCCAGUCACCAAGGAGACCAUAGACGCCUACGCUAAGACUAUGGUGGAGAAUAUCAAGCAGAGGGCUGCGUGGUUCAGGACUAACCAUGUGCUCUGGCCUUGGGGAUGUGACAAACAGUUCUACAACUCCUCCGUUCAGUUCAGAAACAUGGACCCCCUGAUGAAAUACAUCAACCAGAAAAGCAAAGAGUUUGGGGUGACGGUUCAGUACGCCACUCUGAGCCAGUAUUUCCAAGCCGUCCAUCAGGCCAAUCUCACCUGGGAUGUGCGCGGGAGCCGGGACUUCCUGCCGUAUUCCACCGAGCCCCACCAGGCCUGGACGGGGUUUUACGCCUCUAGGAAUGUCUUGAAAGGACUUGCGAGGCGGGCCAGUUCCCAGCUGCGUGCGGCGGAGAUUCUGUUCACGCGGUACCGAGUCAACUACCCGGACGGGCCCGUGGCUAAAGAGUGGGCGCUGGAUAAACUCAGAGCUCUGCGCUGGGCCGUCUCCGAGGUCCAGCACCAUGAUGGCAUCACCGGCACAGAAUCUCCAAAGGUGGCAGACAUGUACGUGCAGCACCUGAUGCAGGGCAUGAUGGGAGUUCAGGAGCUGCAGGCUGCUCUGUUUCUACUGCCGCACGACCUCGGCGACCCCGAGAACUUCCACGGAGCAGAUGUUGAUCAGCCUCUGGAGCAACACGUCAUCAUUUACAACCCGUUAGCGUGGAACAUCACCACUGUGGUGAACCUCACCGUCAAGCUUGCGGGCGCGGCCGUCUUCGAUGACGAAGGACAGCCAGUUCCUGCGCAGAUUCAACGGUCGGCGCAGUCCAACGUGUCAUACGACCUUUUCGUGGUGGUGAAGCUGGGUGGCCUGCAGCACAGGAAGUACCUGAUCCGGUUCUCUGGGAAGUCUGCCCACACGUACGAAGGAAAGACGGUUGUUUUUGAGCGGCGCAGAGUGAAGGACUGGACGAGAACCGGAAGGCUGCGUCUGCCUGUUCUGAACCAGUGCUACAAACUGAUGUUUGACCAGGAAACCAACCUGCUGCACAGCAUCACUCACCUGUACAGUCCAACAAAACGCCGAGUGAGGAUGACACAGGAUUUCUGGGAGUACCUCGCCAAUGGAGACGUGAACGCGGGACCCAUCUCUGAUAACUACAUCUUCAGCGCCAACGGUUCCGCUGUGAGAGCUUACCAAGCAGUGGAAAUGCAGAUAAUCCCCGGACAGAUCGUCACUGAGAUUAGACAGUACUUCUACAGAGGAGAAAAUGACUCGGACUACGCCUACUUCAUCACCACUGUCGUCCCAGAGUUUUCCAGCCUUCCCUGUCACAGACUGCAGCAGACGUACUCUCUGGGACCCCUCCAGCUCAACACAGAGGUGGUGCUGAGGACCAGCACCUCUCUGAAGAACAACAAGACCCUGUACACAGACGACAACGGCUUCCAGAUGAUGAAGAGAACCUACAGGAAGUUCCAGAACAACACUUUAGCAAGAAAUUACUUCCCCAUGGUUCGGACGGCCUCCAUCAAGGAUGAACUGAGUGGACUGGUCCUUCUUAGCGACAGAGCUCAUGGAGUAUCCAGUCAAGCCAACGGACAACUAGAGGUCAUGCUCCAUCGGAGGCUCUGGAACAACCAACCGUGGAACCUCGGCUACAACCUGACCCUGAAUGACAGCUCUGUGGUGAGGCCCAGUCUGUGGAUGCUGCUGGGAUCUGUGAAUGCAACCUCCAGAUUACACCAGAGGGAGGCAGUAGAGCUGCAGCACAGGCCCAUCGUCAUGCCCAUCGACAACCCUCGGAAACCCUGGCAGGAGAAAACCAGUUGUGGUUCUCCGGUACAUCCGGUAGUUUUCCCGCCUAAUCUCCACCUUCUCAGCCUCAGCGUCCUCGGAUGGAAUUACAGCUCCAACCACAGCAUCCACCUCAGCCACAUACUCUCAGGUAAAGGCGCUCCACCAGAACCCGACUACGAUCGAGUUCUGCUGAGAAUAAUGCAUCUAUAUGAAGAGGGAGAGGAUCCGGAACUCUCAAAGCCAGUCACCAUAAACAUAAAGGAAGUUCUGCGGGGCAUGGGGGAGGUGAUGAUCCUGGAGGAGCGUUCUCUAACAGGAACCUGGGAGAACGCCAGUCUGAAGAGGUGGAAGUGGAAAACCGCAAAUGAUCAUGAAAAAAAGAAAGAAUCUCAUCAAGGACAUAAAGAUUUCAUUUUGACCAUCUCACCUAAAGAAAUCCGAACCUUUUUUGUCCACUUCAGCUCCAGAAACCUCGCUUGAGCUUCAUCUUUUCUUCUGUGAAGAUCAUCACUGUUGAAUCACCUAAGACAUCUUUACUUUAUUGCAGAUCAUGCUUUUAUUUUUGAAAUUGAUUGUAAAUUUAAAAAAAUAAAGUGAUUUUUUUUUGUCAUA